GCGAUAGAAGGGCGAGAUCGGCGCUGGCCCUUUAACAGCCCCUUCCCGGGGGCCUGCCCCGCGCGUGCGCACUGCGGUUCUGCGCUUGUCAUCAUGGCGACGCGGGGCCAUGUGCAGGACCCUAACGACAGGCGCCUCCGACCCAUUUACGAUUAUCUUGACAAUGGUAAUAAUAAAAUGGCAAUUCAGCAAGCAGAUAAGUUGUUGAAAAAGCAUAAAGAUCUUCAUUGUGCUAAGGUGUUAAAGGCAAUCGGUUUACAGAGAACUGGAAAGCAAGAGGAAGCUUUCAUCUUGGCACAGGAGGUGGCCGCUCUUGAACCCACAGAUGACAACUCGCUGCAGGCACUGACUAUUCUUUACCGGGAGAUGCACCGACCGGAGUUAGUCACAAAACUUUAUGAGGCAGCUGUGAAGAAAGUUCCCAAUAGUGAGGAAUAUCACUCUCACCUCUUCAUGGCCUAUGCCAGAGUGGGCGAAUACAAGAAAAUGCAACAGGCUGGCAUGGCUCUAUAUAAGAUUGUCCCCAAAAACCCUUACUACUUUUGGUCUGUGAUGAGCUUAAUUAUGCAAUCUAUAUCAGCGCAGGAUGAAAACCUCUCAAAGACAAUGUUUCUGCCCCUUGCUGAGAGAAUGGUAGAAAAAAUGGUGAAAGAGGACAAGAUAGAGGCAGAGGCUGAAGUUGAACUUUAUUAUAUGAUCCUGGAACGUUUGGGAAAGUACCAGGAAGCCUUGGAUGUUAUCAGAGGAAAAUUAGGAGAGAAGUUGACAAGUGAGAUUCAGAGUCGGGAAAAUAAAUGCAUGGCUAUGUAUAAGAAACUGAGCAGGUGGCCAGAGUGUAACGCCCUUUCUCGGCGCCUCUUACUGAAAAACUCAGAUGACUGGCAGUUCUAUCUGACUUAUUUCGAUUCUGUCUUUCGACUGAUUGAAGAGGCCUGGACUCCUCCUGCUGAAGGUGAACACUCUUUAGAAGGAGAAGUACAUUAUUCUGCAGAAGAAGCUGUGAGGUUUAUAGAAGAUCGGAUAACAGAAGAAUCUAAAAAUUCUCGCCAUCUCCGAGGACCACAUCUAGCUAAACUGGAGCUGAUUAGACGUUUACGACGUCAGGGUUUUAAUGAUGAGUACAAACUGGGUGAUCCAGAGGAAUUAAUGUUCCAGUAUUUUAAAAAGUUUGGGGAUAAACCUUGUUGUUUCACAGACCUCAAGGUGUUUGUUGACCUCUUGCCUGCUACACAGUGUACAAAAUUUAUUAAUCAGUUACUUGGAGUGGUUCCCUUGUCAACACCAACAGAGGAUAAGUUGGCGCUGCCUGCCGACAUCAGAGCUCUGCAGCGACAUUUGUGUGUGGUGCAGCUGACGAGGCUACUCGGCUUGUACCACACGAUGGAUAAGAGCCAGAAGCUGGGUGUGGUCAGAGAGCUGAUGUUAAGGUACCAGCACGGCCUGGAAUUUGGGAAAUCCUGUUUGAAAACCGAAUUGCAAUUUUCAGACUAUUACUGUCUCCUUGCUGUCCAUGUGCUUAUUGAUGUAUGGAGAGAAACAGGUGAUGAGACCGCUGUGUGGCAGGCCCUGACUUUGUUGGAAGAGGGACUAACUCACAGCCCUUCCAAUGCUCAAUUCAAAUUGCUGCUUGUUCGAAUCUACUGUAUGCUGGGGGCGUUUGAACCAGUGGUGGAUCUGUACUCCAGCCUUGAUGCUAAGCAUAUCCAACAUGACACCAUUGGUUAUCUUUUGACCCGAUAUGCCGAAUCCCUAGGUCAGUAUGCUGCUGCAUCCCAAUCGUGUAACUUCGCACUCAGGUUUUUCCACUCCAACCAGAAAGAUACCUCAGAAUAUAUUAUUCAAGCUUACAAAUAUGGUGCAUUUGAGAAGAUCCCAGAGUUUAUCGCUUUUAGGAACAGGCUGAAUAAUUCUCUUCAUUUUGCACAAGUCCGUACUGAGCGGAUGUUGUUAGACCUUCUACUUGAAGCAAAUAUAUCAACCAGCUUAGCAGAAAGUAUAAAGUCAAUGAAUCUUCGGCCAGAAGAAGAUGACAUUCCAUGGGAAGCCUUGCGAGACAACAGAGACUUAAAUGUUUUCUUUAGCUGGGAUCCAAAAGACAGGGAUGUUUCUGAAGAACAUAAGAAACUUUCCCUGGAGGAGGAGACAAUGUGGUUAAGAAUCCGUUCCUUAACGUUGAGACUAAUCAGUGGACUUCCAAGUCUUAACCACUCUGUUGGGCCAAAGAACUCAGAGAAGACCACUGAGAAUGGAGUAUCCUCCCGGAUUGAUAUUCUCCGUUUGCUCCUUCAACAGCUGGAGGUGGCCCUGGAGACGGGAAAGCGAUUUAUUGAGAAGGACAUUCAGUAUCCUUUCCUUGGUCCUGUACCUACCAGAAUGGCUGGAUUUUUAAAUUCUGGCUGUUCUCAGUGUCAGACCAGCUCUUUUUAUCUUGUUGGUGAUAUUUAUGAGCUGGACAUCAAUGGUUUAGAGGAUACAGUGGAGAUCCAGGAGCGAGUAGAGAAUAGUCUUAAGUCUUUACUAGAACAAUUAAAAGAUGUCUUCAGUAAAUGUAAAGGUGACCUCUUAGAAGUUAAAGAUGGUAACUUGAAAACACAUCCUACUCUUUUAGAAAAUCUAGUCUUCUUGGUUGAGACUAUUUCUAUUAUCCUUUGGGUGUCUAGUUACUGUGAGAGUGUCCUGCGACCAUACAAAUUAAAUUUACAGAAAAAGAAGAAGAAGAAAAAAGAAACUAGUAUCAUCAUGCCACCUGUUUUUACCAGUUUUCAAGACUAUGUUACUGGGCUUCAGACUUUAAUUUCCAAUGUUGUAGAUCAUAUUAAAGGACUUGAAACACAUCUAAUUGCACUUAAACUUGAAGAACUUAUUUUAGAAGACACUUCUCUCUCGCUGGAAGAGAGAAAAUUUUCAAAGACUGUACAAGGGAAAGUGCAGAGCAGUUAUCUGCAUUCACUUCUGGAAAUUGGGGAGCUGCUGAAAAAAAGACUUGAGACCACAAAGAAACUAAAAAUUUAAAAGUUAGCGUGAACCACGGGCACUGAUGAUUCUACAACAGAAAAUGACAUCAUCUUCCCAGGCAAAAACUACAUCUGGUUGACCAUCAUUUUAAAUCCAGAACUUCCUCAUAAAAUGCAUGAAGGACUUUGAUCGUGAAUUAAUUUUUUAGGUAUUAAAUGUAUACAACUGAUUAAAUUAUUGUAUAUAAACCAGAAGCAGGACCCUUGUCUGGGUUUGACCACUUUUUAUACAUGUUCAUAUGCAUAUGGCAGCCACAAGAGAACCCCACUUUUCUUCUUCUCUUCUGUCACCAGAAACAUCUGGUGGUGGUGGUUGGUGGUGGGGGUGUCCUAUAAAAGCAGCAAUAGAAAUUAAGCAUAAAGCAUUGAACUCAGAGCAGCUGAAUGGCCCUACCAUUAUAGCAGUGGGUGUUUUGGUCUGGUCCUUGAGCCUUAGGAAGCAGGAAGCCAGUAGAGGGGGACCAUGAUUGGGAGCAGGCCCUCCUUCCAGCUGCUUGGCUCCCACAAAACCCAAGGUAGGUACUCAAAGGGCUUCCAAUUAAAUUUGGCCUAAGCACCUGCCACUGAAGGGCAUCACUCAGAUGAUCACAGGCCCUCGUUUUUUGGCUUAAUAAUGCCAGUGGCCAAGACAUCCCCAUCUUAGCUCCCGCGAGAGUUAAAUCAGAGACAGGCUUCUGUUAACUUACAGCUGUUUGGAGGGGAAAGUAGUUCAGACCACUUAUAAGCCUGCUGAGGACUAGCUUGCUAUCUUUUGUCUGUUUGGGAAAGAUAGGAAUCACUGUUUUAAAGAAGAGAGGUGUACAUAAUUUAUGCAGGCAAGUCUAAUACCAGUGUCAUUGGUUUUGUGAGAUAUAUAUAUAUAUAUAUAUAUUUGCUUUUACACAUAUACGUAUAUUUUCAAGCAUAUAUACACGUGUAUAUAUGCUUGAAGAUAAAAGAUUUAAUACUUAGUGUUUUUUUAAGUGGGGGGUUUGGGAAGGAAGAAAGGAAAGAAUGUAUAUUAAUAUGGAUUUAAUCUAGGUUUUAAGUUUUAGGCUGGCAAAAGAAACAUUAUCAGUUGGGUUUGAGGUUGCAUUUACUUUUUUCAAAUGAGAGUUACACCAGAAUGGUGUUUUACCUUGUUCACUUGGAGCUCCCCAAGACUGUAGCUUCAGAGGUUGGUCUGACAGAAAAGGUAAACAUUGCUCUUGAAUAUAUUACACAUUUUAUACAAUUGCUUUGGUAAUUUUUUUGUGUUGGAAUCUGUGCUUUUGUCUUUGGUCUUUGUUAUCCAAAUACCAUUAAAGUUAGUAAUUCUGAAAAAGCAAAAAAAUGAAUUUGAUAAGGAAAUUCAAGUAUCUAAUGGAGGAUUGGUCUUGAAGACCUUCCAAGUCCUUUCCAACUCACUUCUCUAGUGAAAUGUGAUACUUUUUUUAAAAGCAACCAGAAAGAGCUUGGAAAAUCUCUUUAUGCAAAGCAAUUGCAUUUUGUUUCCAUCAUUAAGACUUUCUUAGAUUCACAAUUUGAUAGGGUGAUAACUGUCUCAACUUGCAAGGAAACUGUUUUGAAAAUUGCUGAAUUACCUUUUCAAAAUAAGACUUGUUGGAAAUCUUAGUCCAUCCAGUAAUUUCAAAAAACUAGUUUUGAUGUCAAUUGGUAGCCACAACUGUCAUACCCCAUCCCAGAAGGAAAGAACUGCUUUGAAGAAGAUGAAUUAAACAUUGAUUGAUUCCAAAUCUAAUAACAUUUCAUGAAACUAUGGCCUAUUUAGAUGGAACUUUGUGUGUGGGGGGGUGGGGCUCUGUGUGUAUGGCAUGUGUUCUUGAAAUGAUGUUUCUCUGAAUAUCCAAAAAUACUGUACAUAGAAGUAGAAAUGCUCUUUGAAACAAGUCUAUCAACUGACCAUGAUCAUUCUAGAAUAUGUGUGCUCAGUGAGCUGGCCUUGGUCCUCAGGGACAGUGUGUGACUCCAGUGGUCUACCUACCUAUUUUCUUUCCUAGGGGCAUCUGGGUCCUCUACUGGUUUUAGUGACAAAUAAUGUUACAUUGGGGUUAUGCUUCUUUGUUACUUACUGAUUUCCCUACUAAAUGUAGCAUUUCAACUAGAUCCAACCUCUUACAUUUUGAGAGAAUUGUAAAAAGAAUGAAAUUAUGCAGAAAUGGCCAAUAUCUUUUAUUGAUCUGUUCUUUUGGAAACUGUCAUGCACUAUAAAUUGUGUACAGUUAAAAAAAAAAAAAAAUAUAUAUAUAUAUAUAUAUAUUCUUACAUGAGUAAAAAGCACCCUCCAGCAAUUGUAUGUCAUUGGUAUUUGAAAAUAAUUCCCAAAUAACUCAUUGCUGCUGCUGCUGUUUUUACUUUGUUUGGGUUUUUUGUUUUAUUUUGUGUGGAAAAUUGAUAUUUAAAAAAAAAAAGGAAAGGAGAAAAAAAAAAAGACUACUGUUUACAGACUGAAAUAUUACUGCUUUUUAUACUACUGAGAUCCUAAGUUAAGACUCUCCAAAGCAAACAUUUGGUUUAAAUCAUAUAUCUGAUGUGGAUAAAAGAGAAACUUUUAGUGUUCUCCACAUAAUGGAAAAUGUACAAAUGCCUAGUUGUGUUGCCCAUCAAUUUUGUAUAUUUUCAUAAUUUUAAUUGUUCAAAAUUGCAUUAUAUUUUGCAGUCACUAUGUUCAAUCUGGAUUUGUCUUUCAUUUUAACUUUUAAUAUAAAAAGGGGUUUCAGUGUAUCUACAGCCUUGUUAUUGAAACUCUUCCUACUUUUUUGCUCUGAUUUAUUAACAUGGGAAGCAUAUAUUCUUCCUUCUUCAGAAUUAAGUGAAGCAUAGCAAAUCUACUUUAAACUGGAUGGGUUAAUUUAUAUAAAACACUUUCAAUUUG